AUGUCGGACAGUGAGAGCGAGCAGAAAUCGUCGCGGCUCGAGCCUGAGUUGCGCGACAUGAAGCUAGAGGAGGGCGCGACCCCGGGCGCGGGUGAGAGCGAUGGCAUACAAGUAAAGGCGGAGGACGCAGACCCCCAAACGCCCUCCGCAAUCCCCCCCCGACUCAAGCCGUCUCGAUCAAUGACCCAGUCGCCCAUGCCAAAGCACGAAUCCGGAGCGUCGUCACCGGCCGACAGCACUAAAGAGGAAGUCGUUGGAGGGGACAUCGUGCUGAAGAUGGAGCCAGGAGGCCGAGCCCUCAAGCUCUCGCGCAGCGCUUCUCAAAAAGUCAUCUCGCGCCCGCCGCCGCUCUACCUCGACCUCCCGGACUCUACGGCAGCGGCCAAAGAGACCUUUGUCGUUCUCCCAGAGUGCACGUACUCGAAUAAAUCUAUCGGCACCACCGAUCCAGCCCUCGAAUGCGAUUGUGGCGAAGAAUGGGAUGCAGUCACAAAACGGAACGAUGCCUGCGGCGAAGAUUCCGACUGCAUCAAUCGCGCUACCAAGAUGGAAUGCGUGGGUGACUGCAGCUGUGGACGGAAGUGUCAAAAUCAACGUUUUCUGCGCAAACAAUACGCCGAUGUUACAGUCAUCAAGACGGACAAGAAGGGGUUCGGCUUGCGAGCCAACAAGGACCUUGCUUCAGGAGACUUUAUCUUCGAAUACAUUGGCGAGGUUAUCGACGAGCGAAAUUUCCGUCGGCGCAUGAUACAGUACGACCAAGAAGGCAUCAAGCACUUCUACUUCAUGUCCUUGACGAAGGGUGAAUUCGUUGAUGCGACUAAGAAGGGGAACCUGGGAAGGUUCUGCAACCACUCUUGCAACCCCAACUGUUUUGUUGACAAGUGGGUGGUUGGAGACAAACUGCGCAUGGGCAUUUUCGCCGAACGCAAGAUCAAGGCGGGCGAGGAGCUUGUAUUCAACUACAAUGUCGACCGGUAUGGAGCGGAUCCUCAACCUUGUUACUGCGGCGAGCCCAAUUGUUCGGGUUUCAUCGGUGGCAAGACUCAGUCUGACAAUGCCACUAAGCUCUCGCAUGCCACCAUCGAAGCGCUUGGCAUCGAUGACGGUGAUGGGUGGGACACAGCGGUUCACACGAAGAAGGCUCGCAAGAAGAAGGUGAGCGAGGACGACGAGGAAUACGUAAAUGACUUGCAGCCUCGAUCACUCGAGGAUGAUGGCGUGCCUAAGGUUAUGGCUGCUCUCCGACAGUGCACAGAGAAGUGGAUUGCCGUUAAGCUUCUGAGCCGUAUACAGCAAAGUGAUAACGAUAAGGUCGGCCACCGGAUUAUCCGAAUGCACGGUUACGAGACCCUCAAAAAGACCUUGACUACCUGGAUAGACGACUUCAAUGUUGUAAUGCAGGUCUUGGACAUUCUGCAUAAACUGCCACGCAUAACUCGAAACAAAAUUCAGGACUCAAAGAUCGAAGAGGCAGUGGAAAAGCUCAAGAGUUGCGGAGAUGAGCGUGUUGAAGGGUCUGCUGCUGAGCUACUCGCAGCGUGGAGCAAAUUGGAGAUUGCUUAUCGGAUCCCGCGUAUGAAGCGGGAUCCGAAUGCGAGCACACCCGUCCGUACUGAGAACCACUUCGAGCGUCGCGAAAGAGGUCGUGAGCGAUCGAGAUCCAGGUCAAAAUCACCAUCACUGACCUCCGCGCCAAAGGGUCCAGCUAAUUUGAAUGCUCCAUCUGGGCCCCGUGUCAUCAACGCACCAAGAGGGCCUGCGAGCGGGUUCUUCCAGGGCCCUCGUCCAGCUGCGCGACCGCGACCUUUCAACCCGCUGCCUCCUGGCUGGUUCCAAGCCACUUCAGACAACGGAUCUACCUAUUACUACAACUCUUCGGGGACCACGCAAUGGCAACGACCAGUUAUGCCAGCCAACCAGCCUCCACCUCCACCGCCGAAAGCCAAGACAGAUACACAGCUUCUACAGGACAUCAUUUCUAGCAUCACUGCGAAUGUGACACCCACCGUACCAUCAGCCUCCACAACCCCACAGCCCACCACCGAUGAAUCGAAAGAUAGGAAACAGAAGAGUGAGAAGUGGCGUAGUUUGCCUCAAGAGAAGCAGGAAAGGAUAUACGAGGCGACUCUCUCUCCUCAUGUCAUGGCCGUGGCUGCACAUUAUCGCAAGAAGCUUGAAAAGGAUGACCUCAAGCGACUGUCGAAAGAGGUAGCCAAGAAGCUUGUCAGAGGAGAUUACAAGUCUGGUCGCGUCAAAGACCCAGCCGCAAAGAUUAGUUCCAAGCACGAGAAGACGCUGAAGAACUAUGUGAAGGACUUCAUGGAUAAGGCAGUGAAGAAAAAGGAGGAGCGUGAGAAGGUCAGGGCAGCACGAGGGGAUGCGGUACCAGACGAUGAUGGCGCAACACCAGAUACUCCGCAAAUCGAGAUGGAGGAAGCAAUAGCUGCCAUCGAUGCUUCUCCGAACGACUCAUCUUCAGAGCUGAAGCGUAAGAGGGAAGACGACGCAGAUGAUUCCCCUCGCAACAUGCGUUCGCGGACAGAUGAUCCACCAGCCCCACCGCCUCCCCCUCCGCCCCCAGCGGGUGAUAUGCCCAUGUACAUGGAGGACACCGACGUCACACCAAUGGAUGACAGCUCGGUUGGAUUUUUUACGGAUGAUGCUAAGUUGCCACUACGAGCAAGUGGUCAGCCGAGCCCGGUGCAGCUUGCAACGCCCCCGACCAACGGCUCUGGAGAGGGAAGAUCCAAUGGCAGUAGCAAUCUGCGGUAG